AUGGUCAAAUGCUUGCACAAAGAUUUCAACCAUCCCAAUGGUUAUAGUUUCUCUCAAGAGAACGCAAAGAUUGGUUCGUUGCAGAUGUUUGUGAGUAACGUUGGAACUUGUGAAGAUAUGGGAUACGGAGUCUUCCCUGUUGAUCAGGUUCACAAGAUCUCGGUUCUAGACAUUAGGCUGGCUAAUGCAGAUCGUCACGGUGGUAACAUUUUGGUUAGCCGAGAUGGAAAUGAUGGUCAGAUCGUGCUUACUCCCAUCGACCACGGCUAUUGCUUUCCAAAUAAGUUUGAAGACUGCACAUUCGAGUGGCUAUACUGGCCUCAAGCAAAAGAGCCAUACACUUCAGAGACAUUGGAAUACAUCAAAACCUUGGACGCUGAGAAAGACAUUGAACUUCUGAAAUCCCACGGUUGGGAGAUUCCGCCUUCAUGCGCCCGUGUCUUCCGCAUCUCGACCAUGCUUCUCAAGAAAGGUGCUGAAAAGGGUCUCACGCCUUUUGCCAUCGGAAGCAUUAUGUGCAGAGAAACACUCGAGAAAGAAUCUGUGAUCGAACAAAUCAUCUAUGAGGCUGAAGCAAUAUGGUCCCCAGAGACAACAGAAGAGGAGUUUACCAGCACCGUCUCUGAUAUUAUGGAUCGCUACCUCGACCAGUGUUCUCUGAACUGAACGCAGAUGUAUAUCCCUGUCCAUAACAAGUAAUAAGUGUAUCAAUGUCUUUGAACUCAACCUUGGCCUUUGGAAACAUUGGUUGGGUUUAUAGAGUGGUCAUGCUUCUGUGUCUUGGGUUCAAUAAGGUUCAUGUGUUGCUCAUUUCAGCUAUGGAUGAUGAACAAGCUCAUUUACAUAUAUACUAAUAUUAUG